CUCUCCACUAGUCAGGACAGGUCUGUGGAUGUUUAGACAUCCCUUGGUUCCUGGUAAUAACGUUGACUUUGGAGUUACUGAAGCAAUGAUGAAGGCUGUAACUAGAAUCUUCUCUUUCUUCAUCCUAAUCCAUAUCGAGGCAGCAAAAGCAAAAGAAAAUACUACAGAUCAUGUUGGGGGACUUGAGCUGGAGAAUGAAGUGAAGGUUCUACCGGUGGUGAAGUCGACUUUUCACAUGCAUAUACACGGCAGUCUGUUUGAAGAUACCUGUGCGAUCAAACCAUUUCAAUCAGACACUCUCGACACAUGCAACUACAACACAAGCAACCCACUGGUCAUCAUUAUUCAUGGGUGGACGAUGAAUGGAAAAAUGGAGGAAUGGGUGCUCAAGCUUGCCUCAGCCCUCAAGACCAGGCUAGAGCAUGUGAACGUGCUAAUAAAUGACUGGAGACCUCUGGCUUUGCAGCCAUACCCAACUGCAACUAAGAAUACCAGGCAGGUGGGCUUGGAUGUCGCAAAUCUCCUGACGUGGCUUGAGGAGACCACCCAGCUCUCUAUGGAUAAGGUGCACCUGAUUGGUUACAGUUUAGGAGCACAUGCAGCUGGAUUUGCAGGAAGCCAUUUUACAAACCGGAAAAAGCUGGGCCGUAUAACAGGUCUGGAUCCUGCAGGUCCCAAUUUUGAGGGAGUUCCUGCUUUUGACAGGCUGUCUCCUGAUGAUGCCAAGUUUGUCGAUGCCAUCCACACCUUUUCAAAGUCCAGCAUUGGGUUGGCGCUGGGAAUCCGGCAGCCUGUCGGACACGCCGAUUUCUACCCAAACGGAGGCUACUUCCAGCCCGGCUGUCACAUGACAGACAUAUAUUACAAUGUUUACCAAUACGGACUAGAAGACCAACAGAUGACAGCUUACCGCUGUCGAGAUUACCGUGCGUUUGACCAAGGCCUGUGUCUGGACUGCAAAAAGCAUCGCUGUAAUACACUGGGCUACGAUGUAAGAAAGGUGUACACUGGAGGCAUUAAAGGCCUCUAUCUGAAGACUGGUCCUCAAACACCAUAUAAAGUCCAUCACUACCAGAUUAAGCUCCUGGUGAUGAAUCUGAUCGAGCCGGUCAAAGCGUCUCUCUCCAUUGCUCUUAUUGGAAGUGAAGGAGAGAGCCAGUAUAUCCCUAUUACUCUGUCCCUGGAACAUCCUGAGAACAAGACGUACUCAUGUCUGGUUGCGGUAGGCUCGUCGCUGGGGGAGCUGCGAGCAGUGCGUCUGCGCCUGGCAGGAGAGGAGACCUGGAGCAGC